CCAGAGCUGGACGUCAACGUGACUGGCUGGACCUAAAUCCUACCGUUGAAAACGAUUACAAUUAGAGAUAUGUAGCGAUUAUCUGUCUUACUGUUGGGAACACGAGGAAUAGUAGUAUAAAUUUAGCAGGCGGCGGUGCAUUUUGAUUAUUUCUACAGACACCAACGCCUUGGCUCUCAAAAUGGCUGAGAUCACCGAAAUCCGAGGGGCAUACGACAUGUCCCCAGUCCUGGCUGGCUUCAUCGGGGCCGGCGUGCUGGUGGUCGCCGUGGUGACCCUGGUCUUCCUGUGGGUGGUGUGCCAGCGGCGGCGGCGGCUCGCGUCGGCCGCCUACAAGCUGCACGGCAUCCAAUCAGAGCCCUACGAUCCGUCGCAGGACCCGCCCUACAAGUUCAUCCACAUGCUGAAGGGCAUCAGCAUCUACCCGGACACGCUGAGCAACAACAAGCGCGCGGUGCGACUGGCCCGCAAGGCCGGCUGGAGGGGCGGCGGCCAGGGAGAGAGGGAGGGGGCCGACGGGGCGCCCGCCGUGGCCGUGGCCGAGAACGGACAGCUGUCUUACCAGCACCACCACCUUCAUCACCAGGGUCUGAGGCUGGGUCGCGAGCUGCCCAUCACGGCGGACUACACCAUUCUGGAGGGCAGCGGGGGGUCGGGCGCCAGCAGCUCCAGCAGCAGCAACCAGAGCAGCGCCACGGCAACACCCUUUACACCCGGGACGGGACCCGAGGAGGAGGAGGACGAGAGUCUGGGUGAGCUGAGCCUGGCGGUGGACUAUAACUUCCCCAAGAAGGCGCUGGUGGUGACCAUCCAGGCCGCUCGAGGACUACCCGCUGUGGACGAGCGCGCCGGCAGCGCAGACCCCUACGUCAAGAUGACCAUCCUCCCAGAGAAGAAGCACCGCGUGAAGACUCGUGUCCUGCGCCGCACGCGCCAGCCCGUAUUCGACGAGACGUUCACCUUCUACGGCGUGGCCUUCAGCGCGCUGCCCGACCUCACACUACACUUCCUGGUGCUCAGCUUCGAUCGCUUCGCCCGCGAUGACGUCAUCGGUGAGGCCGUGGUGCCAUUGGCUGGAGUGGACCCCAGCACGGGCAAGGUGCAGCUGACCCAGAUCAUCACCAAGCGGAGCAUGCAGUGUGUGAGCCGUGGUGAGCUGCUAGUCUCCUUGUCCUACCAGCCCGUGACCAAUCGGCUCAGUGUGGUGGUGCUCAAGGCCAAACACCUGCCGAAGAUGGACAUCACCGGACUCUCUGGCAACCCGUACGUGAAGGUGAACGUCUUCUACGGCCGCAAGCGCAUCGCCAAGAAGAAGACGCACGUGAAGAAGGGCACGCUGGACCCGGUCUGGAACGAGUCCUUCGCCUACGAGGUGGCGUCCGAGCUGCUGCCCGACGUGCAGGUGGAGUUCCUGGUCAUGGACUUCGACCGCACGACGAAGAACGAGGUGGUUGGACGUCUGCUGCUGGGCGCGCGCUCCUGCUCCGCCCCCGCCGCCGACCACUGGCACCAGGUGUGCAGCAACCCGCGACGGCAGGUGGCCAAGUGGCACAGCCUCACACACUACUAG